GGCGAUGUUAACCCGUAGAGCAGUCCAACUCCUUCCACCCCACCUGGGAUGGAUUUAGAAGAAGCGCUUCAAGUAGUCGGCGAGUUUGGACCCUACCAGAAGCGGGCUGUGGCUACUCUUCUUCUGACACAGCUGUAUAUGGCCUGUCAGGCCAUGCUGAUUGUCCUGAUCGGAUCUACACCACAGUACCGUAUUGAGCAGCAGAACGAGGCCCCAUCCAGCCAGCAGGAGCUAAUCCAACACAUUACCUUUACGGAAGACAUUGACUCCAUAGUGACUGAGUGGUUUCUCAUCAAGCAGCAGGCCUACAAGGUCAGCCUUGCAGGAUCACUGUUCUUUGCAGGGCUCCUGGUGGGGAACAUUGUCUUUGGGCCACUCUCGGACAAGAUCGGAAGGAGGCCUGUCUACUUGACAGGUCUGUUUUUGGAGGUCGUCUUUGGUUAUGUGACGGCAUUUGCCCCCAGCUAUGAGGUCUUUGCCGUGUCCCGUCUCCUUGUGGGGUUGAUGAACGGCGGCAUUGGCCUGGUGUGUUUCGUUCUCACUCAGGAGUAUGUGGGCAAAUCCUACUGGGCCAUGACUGGAACAAUGACCAGCAUGUUUUUUGCUAUUGGCAUUGCCCUGUUUGGAGCUUUAGGCUACUUAAUUCAGCCAUGGAGGAGUCUGGCCACGGCGGCUAACUCAUCUGGUGUCCUUUUCUUCCUGCUGUCUGUCACUCUCCCAGAGUCUCCUCGUUGGCUGUACUGUCAGGGUCGGACUCAGCAGGCUGAAGAGGUCCUGCGCUACAUGGCACUAAGAAAUGGCAAUCCUGCCAAAAAUCUGAUGCUACAGCGUGUCACUGCUGCUAAAGCCGGUGACCAGGACAAAGGGGCCGUGGGCAUCCUGCAGCUGGUUAUCCAUCCAGUGCUGCGCUUGAGGACCAUGGUGCUUAUGUAUAUCUGGUAUGCGUGUAGUCUGGUGUAUUAUGGUCUGACUUUGGGAGCCAGUGAGACGUCUGGUAGCCGGUACAUGAACGUAGCCAUGUACGGCCUGGUGGAGCUACCUGCCUACCCCCUCUGCAUAUACUUCAUAAACAAACACUGGGCUGGAAGGAGGAAAAGCAUGGCCAGUUUCUUGUGUCUGGCUGGCUCUGCCUGCCUCUGCACCAUGCUGAUCCCUGAAAAUGCAGGGAUGUUACUGAGCGUGACGUCUUUAGCACUGCUGGGGAAACUGAUGGUCAGCGCAGCUUUCAACAUCGCUUAUGUCUACACAUCUGAACUUUACCCGACUGUGAUAAGGAACGCAGGUUUGGGUGUAUGCUCCAUGUCAUGCAGAGUUGGAGGAAUCCUUGCACCUUUUGUUCCCUCACUGCGAGCUCUUCAUACCUCCAUGCCCUUCACAGUGUUCUGUCUGAGUGGUCUGUCUGCAGGCUGCCUGGGCCUCCUGCUGCCUGAAACACUUGACAAACCUGCAGCAGAGACACUGGAGGAGCUCAGCAGCCCGACGAGCACUAGAGUGCUGGAGAGCAAGGCUCUUUUGUAUGAAGAUGACAAGUGGCAAUCCAACUACAAAUGAUGCCAGCUCAAACACACCUCAUUCCUACUACAAGUGCUGCCUCUAAAUGGUGAACUGUCCCUUUAAUUAAGCAGAGGGUCUCAUCACCAUGUUCAUUUUUAUGUCUGUAACUCUGACAUUUCCAAUGAAGUGAGGGCUUCAACAGGAACCAGCAUCUUCUCCGUGAACUCAGAGCAGAGCGUCUGACCUGACUGUUCCGCUUGAAUCUGAUUUACAGACAGAAGCCAAACAGUCGAACCACUGCCUUUAUUUAAUUUCCUCAAUAUGGUGCUUGUGCCUUACUUGGAGGAAGGGAGAGCACAGAUACAACAGGACAGAUUUAUGACUCACAUUCCUGAGAAGAGGGAGUGUCAGAAUAUUGAACUUGCUGUUUGAAAAAUGUGAUUUAACAGUAUUUGUUGGUGUUUUACGACUUUAAAGCACAUUCGUAUCACAAGUGCUUUGGUUUUACAUGUCAAUAUUCCUCAUACAGAUAAGUUACAUCUGAUAAAGGCCAACAUUUCUGCCCUGUACAAAGGAUUAAGUGUUCUAACACUGUGCUAUAAGUGCUCAAAGGAUAAACAUACAUAUUAAUAUUAAUAAUAUUUAAUAAAUGUUUACAGUAAAUGUAAUUAACUGGGUGAAGGGCUGUCUCAAAGAAUAGACAAUUGAAAACAUCAGUGAAGAACAAAUAAAGCCAUGCAGGAGCAGCAGCAGUCUCUAAAUUUAAACAAGCAGAUCACCAAAUUACCCUUCAGUGUUCAGUGUUUGCAUCAUUUUUGACAGGAAUGGCCCAAAGAGGUCUCCUCUUCUCCAAAACAAACCAAGGCCUGGUUGUUCAAAAGUAAUCUAAAGGAUUAAUGCUUUCAGAUACAAAUCAAUCUUAAACCAAAAAUGGGAUGCUCAUGUAAUCGAUAAAGCCAGUUCAAUCCUGGUUUUUGUUCAGAUAGCCCUGUGGCUCCUUUGCCACAUGCCAUUCCCCUCUUUCAUCCCUCUUUCUGAUGCUAUCUGUUGUCUUGUCUUUAACUAUAAUUGCAAAAAAACAAAAACAUGAUAUAUCUUUAAAAAAAAUGCUUGAACAAUAUGUUUUUACAGAAAGUUGUCAUGUUAGAUAAUUUUUUAAAUGUGUUUUGCACUAAAAUUCGGUUUAUUUUCAGUGUCAAAGUAGUUUAUUUACACAUUAGGGUUGGUAAAGAUAUUGGAGGAUUUGGUCCUCCUAGUAGGGUUGUCCCGCUACUAGACUUGUGAAUUUGGAUACUGUAACUUGCUAAAAUUAAAUGAUAUGCAUUCCUAUUUCGGUACCACAGCAACAAAUGAUUUAUCUCCUAAACACCCAGAAGUAACUCAAUUUAGUCUAGGAUUUUGUUAUUUCCAACCUGCACAUAAAAAAAAAAAAAAAAAUUCUCCAGCAGCACUUGUAUUUUUGAGAACAACUCAGUUGGACUGAUGCAAAACGCUGGAUUAAAAUUGUUCUCUAAACUACAGAUGCUGCUGGAGAUUUCUGUUUGCUUCAAGACUUUCUUCAUCGUCAAUUCACCUUGGUAGCUGGAAAGGUUGUGCCAGAAUUACCUGCUUCAACCUACACAUAAGAAAGAUUCACUAAAUAAGUAACAUUUAAAAAAAAUAGAUGGGGCCUACCUCAAAAUCAAACAUUUCUUCUGUAUUAUCAGUAAUAAACCAGAGGAAGUGUAAGCAGUGGUUCUGCUCUCUGUAUUUUUUUUCUUAAACCAUGGUUAUCGGUUUUUAUGCAGGACUGUGGGGCUGUCAUCGGUGCCAAAGUAUAAUGAAGCUUAGAUGGACCAGGCAACAUCUCUCUCUCUCUUUAUCCACUUACAGCAUCGUUAGGAUAAAAUACAAAGGUAUAUACUGUAUGUUAUUUCUUCAAAACUUCGGUUCUUUCACCGUUAUUGAACAUACAAAUAAUGGAUCACUUGUGUGGUAUUGACUAAGUAUGAAAGUAUAAGAAAUUUUGAUAACCUACCUCAUGGAAUAUUGCAUAAAAUAGCAUCAAUAUCAAACAUCAGAUAAAUUGUUUUAAAAAGCAGCUUUGAGGAUCUUUCAUUUUAUGUGGAUUUGGCGCCCCCUGUGGACAAAUUAUAUAGUAGGAAAUCCCCUUUUAAGCAACAAUCCAGAUUUGUUAAGCCUUCACUAGCCUCAUUCAUAAAUGUGCAAACACAUCAACAUUUUCAGAAUUUGUCUGGGUAAUGUGCAUUUGUGACAGCAGCAGCAGUCCAAUUUUUCACCCUGACUUUACCUGGAAAUUUUCUUUCCAUUGUGAAGUAAGGGUGAACAGCCUUGUAGAGAGCAGGAAAUGUUAAUUAAAAUUCAGUGGUUGAGCUGGAAGGUGGGAUGGUGUUUAUAUCCUGCUUGCAGCUCAACACAAUAGAGUAUACAGGGCCAAAUCAGAACGAUCUCUGUGUGUGUAAGACACUGCUUCAUCGCGUUUUCUGAUAGCAGUAUCUUUUUCUCAUUGUCAUAAAGUGUUUAGCUACAUGUGAAAUUGAUAUAAAAAAUAUUAUUAUGGCACUGUACAAUAGAAUUCUGCGUCAUUCUUCUUAUAUGUCAUGCACUGCCUUCUGAGACUGCCUGGCCCCCUCCAGUCCAGCAGGGAUUGAGUCUUCCUGAACUUUUAAAGAAAUUUGCAGGAGUGCACAUUUGAACAAAGCUUCAUAUCUACAGCUGUAAUAGGUUGAUUCAGAUCGUUAUGUCCUUGAACAAAGGGGGGAAAAAGGUACUGGAUUACACAAUCCUUGUUUGAAAAAACGUAGAUCACCAAUUCUGGAUCAUUUAAUUAAAUCUUUUGAACAACCAGGCCCUGUUCACUUAAACCAGAAAACAGCAGUGUCAGUGCAAAAAUCAGAGUCUCUGGUACUCUUCUGCAAAGCUUUGAGAGCUGCCAUCACCAAAGCUCACUUGCCAACUCCAGUCCUUUACUUCAUUGAAUGAGUGACUUAAAAAUGAUUGUGUCAAAACUUAAAACACUAAAAAAAAAAGCAGGAUGAGCUUGUGUGAAUGUUAGGUUGUUAGAGUUUGUAUCACAGAUGAAACACAACACUCAUAAAGUCUGACACUGGUGGACAACUCCGUACUUUGACUGUGUUAUCCGGUAAAAAUCCUAACAUAUGCUCAAAGUGUGACAUUAAAACUAUAUGCACCUUUAUAUAUUCGGAGUAGGAAUUCUUCUAUUGGUUUAAAGAGUUAUUCUGUAUAUUUGGACCUUUUCACACAUUUUGGCUUUUCAUUUUCAACAUGGCUUGUAUGACAGACCAAUCCAAGCAUGCAGAGCAGAGUUCACUUUUACUUUACAGUUAACGAACAGCAAAUACAAACUCCUAAUGAAAACAAAGUAGCACUUUUCUUGUAAUAAGCUCAAAGGUGGAGACAAAUGUCGCAGGAAAAAUCAAACAGGUAUACUGGUUUGACAAGUCCUGAAUGAAAGAUUUGAAACAGAACUGUCAACACAGCCACUUCAGGUUAAUUUAGUGAAUUGCAAGAGUUUCUGAAACAUGAGUCACAUUGCACAUAUGUCCUGUCAGAUAUGAAUUUCUGAAAACCCUUUACACUUCCAGAAUCUGAAGAGAGGGUGAAUCAAUUCUCACAAUUGCUUCUAUUAGGAAAGGAAACACUAGCAGCAGAGCUGAAUAAAAAAUACUUUCCAGUAACUAAAACAAACAUAGAUUUAAAAACAAGCAAGUGAAAUAGAAGACCAAACAUCUUAUAUUUCUAUAAUUAUAGAAAGUAUAGUCUUUUUAUAUUUAAGCCUGGACUCAGUCAGGAGUUAUAAUUUACCUUCUGUGAAGCAAAGUUGGACAUAUUUGUAAUUUGUGGUUGACGGCCAUUAAAACAAAGUUGAUUCCAAGCUGAGGGAUUUGUGCUUAUUUAUUAAUUAUAAAAACAUUUUGAAACAACAAAUCUGUGGUUUCAAAAUAUGUGAAAUGAAAUGGCCUAUGAAAAGUGAACAUUCAUUCAUUUGCAUUCUUUCAGACAAUACAUGGAAACACUCUACCUCCUGUGCCUUCAAUGGUCAAUAUAAUAUUUUCAUAUUUAUCAUGCAUUUGAAACAAAAAUGCUGCCUGACAUAUUUGAACUGCCUUCAUUUUGUACUCUGUAUACAAUCAUACUUGUACAAUGUGAAUCAUGUUAGAUACACUGUAUGUACUUUGAUAUGGGUCUAUGAAAUGUCAAAUGGUCUGUUUGCCCAAAGAGCAGUAAAUAAUUCAAAACAUCCCAA